AGCUUCUGUCUACCCGAUGUCCGCCUCUCCGCCGCAAGCCCGCUCCGGCGUCGGUCUGGGGUCGUGGGAAAGGAAGUAAGUGGCGAGGCAUGGAGGAGCAGGAAAACAGAUGAAGAGAACCUGUCUGGAACCUUGAGAGCCCAGGAACCACUUGUCAGCCUAUUUCAGUCUUUUUAAAGAUAAGCAAUGCCUGCAGGCAUGAAUAAACAUGGAUCUCGAUCUACUACCUCUUUGCCCCCGGAUCCCAUGGAGAUUGUCAGGAGCAAAGCUUGUUCCAGAAGGGUCAAGCUUAAUGUGGGAGGCUUGGCACAUGAGGUUUUAUGGCGAACCUUGGACAGGUUACCACGGACAAGAUUGGGUAAACUCAGAGAUUGCAAUACUCAUGAAUCCCUGAUGGAUAUAUGUGAUGACUAUAACUUGGAGGAGAAUGAAUAUUUCUUUGAUAGGCACCCGGGGGCAUUUACUUCUAUCUUGAACUUUUACCGCACGGGCAAGUUGCACAUGAUGGAGGAAAUGUGCGCCUUGUCCUUCAGCCAAGAACUGGACUAUUGGGGAAUUGAUGAAAUUUAUCUAGAGUCUUGUUGCCAGGCAAGGUACCACCAGAAAAAGGAACAGAUGAAUGAGGAGCUCAAGAGAGAAGCAGAAACCAUGCGUGAAAGGGAGGGAGAGGAAUUUGAUAACACUUGCUGUGCAGAAAAGAGAAAAAAACUCUGGGACCUUUUGGAGAAGCCCAAUUCUUCUGUAGCAGCCAAGAUUUUGGCCAUUAUUUCCAUCAUGUUCAUUGUGCUCUCUACAAUUGCCUUGUCUCUAAACACUCUUCCUGAGCUUCAGGACAACGAUGAGUAUGGAAAUCCUACAGAUAACCCACAGCUAGCCCACGUAGAGGCAGUGUGCAUCGCCUGGUUUACAAUGGAAUAUCUCUUGCGUUUCCUCUCUUCUCCAAAAAAAUGGAAAUUUUUCAAAGGACCCCUGAAUGCCAUUGACUUGUUAGCAAUCUUGCCCUAUUACGUCACCAUCUUCCUCACGGAAUCCAACAAAAGUGUACUUCAGUUCCAAAAUGUCCGGAGGGUGGUCCAGAUAUUUCGUAUCAUGAGGAUACUCCGUAUUCUAAAGCUGGCCAGGCAUUCAACUGGCUUGCAAUCUCUGGGAUUUACAUUGAGGAGAAGCUACAACGAACUUGGAUUACUUAUUUUGUUUUUGGCCAUGGGCAUUAUGAUCUUUUCAAGCUUAGUGUUUUUUGCAGAAAAAGAUGAGGAAGAUACAAAAUUCAAGAGCAUCCCAGCAUCCUUCUGGUGGGCCACAAUAACUAUGACAACUGUUGGUUAUGGAGACAUCUACCCUAAGACCCUUUUAGGUAAGAUUGUUGGUGGGUUAUGCUGUAUUGCUGGAGUCUUAGUGAUUGCCCUUCCAAUCCCAAUCAUUGUAAAUAACUUUUCAGAGUUCUACAAAGAACAGAAGAGGCAGGAAAAAGCCGUUAAGCGUAGGGAAGCCCUUGAAAGAGCCAAAAGGAACGGAAGCAUUGUGUCCAUGAAUAUGAAGGAUGCUUUUCCACGUAGUAUAGAAUUGAUGGACAUCAUCGUUGAAAAGAAGGGAGAAAAUGCAGGCAAAAAGGAUAAAGUUCAGGACAAUCAUUUAUCCCCAAGCAAAUGGAAAUGGGCCAAAAGAUCAAUCUCUGAAACUAGCUCCAAUAAAUCUUUGGAGACAAAGGAACAAGGAUCACCUGAAAAAGCUAGGUCUUCCUCUAGUCCUCAGCAUCUGAACGUUCAGCAACUGGAAGAUAUGUACAACAAAAUGAGUAAAGCCCAGUCACAGCCAAACCUCAAUUUAAAGGAGACAGCUCAACCCAGUAAGCAAAAAGAAGAACUAGAAAUGGAGGCCAUUCCUGGCCCAAUGGUCCCUUUGUUAACUACUCGGGCAGAUGGAAUAAUUGACAUGAGAAGCAUGUCGAGCAUUGACAGUUACAUAAGCUGCAUGACUGAAUUUCCCGAAGCUGGCAGAUAUUCUCAUAGCCCACUGACUACACUGACCAGCAAAGGUGGAAAACUUCCCCUUCAGGACCCAUAUAGACUGGAAGGAAGUGGGUCCAAACUCAUGGAAAUAAAACCAAAUCUGGAAAGUGGCCAUUGCUCUACCUUUUUUAUAGAGAGCCCCAAAAGUUCAAUAAAACUCAUUAAUCCUCUAAAACUGAGAUCUCUAAAGGUUAAUUUUAUGGAAGAGGAUGCUGUAGGGUCAGCAGCUUCAAAUGUCCUAAGAAUAUACCCAGAUACCAUCAAGAACAGGGGAGCUACAGGUGCUGCCACAGAUAGUUCUGGAUAUUCUGAUCGGUCUCUGAUGAGUCCAGAAACUUCUGUCUAUACGACUGCAAGUGCUAGAACCCCUACAAAGUCUCCUGAGAAGCAGGCACCAAUUGUUCUUAACUUUCACGAUGCUGGCAUUCAUAAAUUUAUCGAUGCUGACACAGAUGAUGAAGGUCAGUUGCUCUAUGACUCAAGUCCUCCGAAAGCCUCUUCAGGACAUACUAGCCCCAAAUACAGCAUUUCUCAGAGAGGCUAUAUAAGGCAACGAGAUAAUGUUUGUAAAACAGAGAAGGACCGCUUAGCAACUGCUGCUUUGUCCUCUACACCCAAGCUUUUAGGGCAAAACUGCCUUUAUUCCAUGGAAAAUAUCACUGGAAGAAUCCAUGGUAACAAGGAAACUAUCAAAUUAGAUAAUCAUAUUUCACCUGAAGUUCACAUAUUACCAGGUGGUGGUGGUGGAGGAGGAGGACAUAGUAACAAACAUGAUCAUAAUAUCUGAUCAUUGCUGCAGAAUGUAGGUUAACAACUGACAGGAAUGCCUUUGCACUCGACACACCAAGAAAAGAUUCUGCAUGGCAUGAACUUUUGACUGAACAAGCCACCUGUUUUGUAAAAAUCAGAAGGAUGUCUUGAAAUGGGAUUAAGGAUAAUACCUCCUCUAAAUCUACUCCAAAUUCCAACUCCAACCACACGACAGUCAUUAAGUAAAAUGAAGUUUGUGCACAUCUUGAUCAUAAAUUGAUCUCCUUUCAACUUCCUUUACAGAAGUCAGUGUGACCAAUUCUUCCAUUCAUUCACUUCUUUAACAUAGACCUCUUUUAUGGCAAUACCAGUAUCUGAAUUGCAUUGUCAUCUUAAAGUGAUUUAGACAUCUAUAGUCAAAUACUGGAACAAAUGAUAGAUGUGAUCAGAAACGCAACACUUUAUGCUUAAAGGUAACUAUUCCAAACAUCCCCAUCCAUGCCUUUUUCUCUGAUGAAUACAAGGUCUGAAGACGUACAGGGCUCGGGUAGGCUUAUUGAAUCACAAAUGCAGUGAAUUGAGAAAUAAACUUUUAAACAUUUCUCUCUGUAUUUCUAGAUGCAUUAAAAUCUAUUUUUUUAUUUUAAAAAAAUCAGCAGGGUGAGUUGCACCACUUGUACCAAAUCCAAAAUAUCCCUUCAAAGUUAUAUGUAAAAAAAAAAAAACUGACUCUGCUAAAAAGUCAUACAAAAUCCGAGAUCAGGGAUGUAGUUUUUAACUUGGGAUUAGGAAGAUAGUUUUCAAACUUAAAUAUGGUAAGAUGUUUAAAGAAGAGAUUUUCAUACUUUUUUAUGAAUGGAUGUUUUUAUGUAUUCUUGAAAAUAAAUAAAUCAGGUGGAUCUAAUCUUUUGUGUGUUGGAGAAAGGUAUCCCUUGGAAGGGAUCACCCAAACCUCAACAGUUGGGAAACUAAGGAACAGUGGCAAAACAACAACAAAGCCAGAAAUGGCAGCCUGAACCAAGAAUCCAUAUUAGAUUUGAGAACAAUUCCAGCACAAAAGAAAUUAAAUAAUAUUGGAAAGAUAUUCCAUUUCUUCUCCCUGAAUUAUUUGCACAUCAUUGAGAGGGGAGAGGAAGUGAGUUACACCCAACCUGUUCACUAAGCAACAAGUUUAUUUCUACCACAUUUUGCACUUAAAUAAUGUAGAAUGCAAAAAUAUGCAAGUUAUAAAUACAUAAAUAUGCAAAAAAAAGUUAUUUCCAAGGAAUGAUCCUCCUGCCAUCUGGAGUGAUAUACAUCAAGAUAGGAAUUUCUGGAAUUUAACAGUAGGAAGGAGGGUAUAAAUAUCAAGAGAAUAAAGGCCAUGAACUUAACACAUUUCCAUUUUAUUUUGAAACAGGUCGUUUCUGACAAAAACACAAACAGCUACACCAGCUUGGAUUUAUAAUUCCUACUAUUUCCUUUCAUUUUGCUGGUAUUACAAAGCACUUUAUGUUAAUGUUGUGACAAAGGUGGAAUCAAGAAGAACAGAGAAUGUAUUUUUAAAACACUAGCACUUUAAAAACAAACUCUCUCCUUAUUUGUGCCUCGUCACAUCUGUGAUUUGUUACCCACCUGGUAACAAGCUGCACCAUAACUGUGAUGAUAACACAUAAUGUUUGUCCUUUGUUACUGUAAUAUAGUGUAACAUUAAGAUACAUGCACACCUAUAAAACCUUUGGAAAGCUUGACUUCUUUUUGUAGAAUAGUGUACUCAGAUGCAGGGGACAAGGUGAUGGGGGGGUCUAGCCAGUCUAAAGGGUAGGCGCCUUAAUUCACGGCCCUUCAACAUUGACCAAGGAGCACAUAUGAAAGAGUAACUCAAAGUCAAUGGGACCUGAAGCUCAAAACAGCCUAAUUCAAAAAAAAAACAGUAAAGCAUCUUUUCCUUUUUCUAUUUCAUUCCCUGAGAAAAGGCUUACAAAGAUGCAUUCAACUUGAUUGCCCGUGUCAGUAGAUAGAAAACCUUUUUAACAUAAGCUAUUUAUUAAAAAGGAAGGUAGGAAGGCAGGCCCUGGGAGGGGGGAGAUUUUGUACCAGAUUUUCACAGUUUGGGGACAUUAUAAGUAGAUUGCACUGCACUUAUCUAUCAUGAGUAAUUACAUUGCACAUAACAGGACUUGGCAAACUGAAAUGGAUCUCUGUAAAUAAUGCACUGCAUCCAUGAAAACAACUACCCAUCACUUGUCAGAUCAGUAUUUUUUCUGGUGUCAAAUAGCUGUUGGUCUUGAAUGUAAUUCUUGUCAAUUCGAGCUGUACUGACUGUCCUUCCACUUCUAAUGCACACACCAUGCACAGAACAAAAGCAAUAAGCACAUGUUUAUCUUAAAAACUGUUAUGGGUUGUAACAAUCCUUUUGCACAUGAUUCUGCAUAAGUGUGGAUAUUUCUCACAUUUGCUCAAUUAUCUAGUUACCUAGGAAGCCCUUCCAAUAUUACUGUAUCUAUUCAUUCAAAUUGCCAGUAAAGUGAACUGAACAAUUUCAGCCAGUAAAAUGUUCAUUCCAUGCAAACAAACUAAACCAAAGGGACAUAUGCUUACAAAAAAAAUUACCAAGAAAACAGCAUUCUGGAAAGGUACAGAUAGUUAUCAGCUAUCUAUAGGGUGAAUUUAAGAUACUAUAACUAAUAUAAAAAUAAGUGGGAGCCCUGAAUUGUCACUAAAAAUAAUAAUGCACCAAAUAAAUUUUGCACACAAUAUUGCAGAGAUGGUCUUUAAUGCAACUGCUAAGUUCCAGUAACUCACUGGGUUUACUGGUUGACAAUGUGUUUCAGACUCAGCACUCAAUGUUAUUAUUGUAAGGGCAAAAAGGAAUUACUUUGGCAACAGUAACAUGAAACUGAGGGAUACUUUAAACUUCAUUAACAUUUAGAUUAAUAAUUUGCCAAAUUGGGUAGCUUGAUGCAGAAAAUGAGUCUAAUGCAUGCUGGCUGGAGAAUUCUGGGAGUUGAAGUCCACAGGUCUGAAAGUUGCUGGGAUUGAGAGAUGUUAAUCUAGAUGUAAGAUAACCUCAAUUGUAGCCUGCUGAUCUGUUAGGAUACAUCUCCACUGGCCACUAUCUGAAAAUUGUGGGCCUUAUGAUCCCUACAUACCUGAAACGCAUCAGGCUGGGGAAGGCUGACAUAUUCUGAAAUAAAACAGGCAAAGAACACCAAUCAUAAAGCCUCUGCUUUAAAGAGGAAAUAGGCAGUCAAUAAGAUUAAAAUAAACUCAGAUAUAUUCAUACAUAUAUGAUUUCAUGUAAGAUAUAUUAUUAGAUAACCUUCUCCAACCAUUUGCCUCCAGGUGUUGAAGCUGCAACAUCCAAGAUUUCUAGCUAGCAUGGUUUGGCAGAUUAUACAAAAUUGCUCUACAGAAGCAUGAUAUGUGGAGCUUUUUGGUCUCUAUUAUUAAAUAUCAAAAAUGUUAAUAUUCCUCUUCAUUAUUUGUUCCUUAGUUAUCUCCUUUUUGUACCUUGCAAUUCCAAGCUUGUCUUUUUUUGCAUUUAUGCUUAAGUUCUACACCAACUAGAAUAAAAAGAAGCAAGCUAGUCAUGUAUACCCCAAGUCCCCCUACUAGUUUACGUUACAGGUUUUGUGUCAUGUCCAUCAUCAGCACAAAUGGUACAUAAAAAUAAACAAAUAAAUUUUGUUGAUAAAAAAUCAGGGAAAAUAUUUUUAUUUCAAAGAAAGACUCAAUAGAAAGCUCUGUGUGAUAUAUUUUAAAACAGAUUCUUUGUGUAGAAACCUUUCAAAGAAAUUAACAUUUUUCAUAUCAAGAAAGCAAGCGCAUGUAAAAAUAACCAUUUAGAGAAAUUAUCUAGCAAUCUCAGUUCAAAAAUAUACAUUUGAAGCAUGGAGGACAAUCAAUAACCGUAUUUAAAAACAAAUCUUAAAAAAAAAUCAACUGGUGCAACUCUCCUUGUACCCAACUCCCACCCCCCCUCUUUUUUGCCUUGCAUUGGCAAUUGAGAAACAAAUCUUUCAUAUAUUUAGCCAUGUAUUGGGUCACUUUUGACAGAUGUUUCAAAAGUAUCGUAAAAUGUGUAUCUUUGAGUGUGAAUUGACAAAGUCCAAUGGAUUUCGGAUAGGGGUUAAUUAAAACUGCAUUUCCUUUGUGUUUAUGAAAGGGUAAUCUAUUCUUGUUUUGUCGCCAAUGAUGACGUGUAUGUCCAAGGCAAGCCCCACUGACAUGACUGGGAAUGGCACAAAUCACAGUGGUGCUCUUGCACAUAUCCGCCAUUCAUUUCUGUGCAGCUUGCGCUGGAAACUCAGUGAAUUAUGCUCCUGUGUCUAACUGAAAGUUAAACUGUAUAUAUAGAACACGAGCAGACAUGUAAACACUGGGAAAUGUGUUCUGCAUUGAAAUGCAUUUGAAAUCCAAAGUGGAAUUACAGAGUCUGUGUUCAAUUGAACUGAAGUCUGUAUUUGGUUCAGGACUUUGAAAAACCAUAGCACAACUUUACGUAAGAUUUUAAAUGAUAGCUCGUAGUCAACUCUAUUGCUAAUCCCACCCAGGAUGAUUUCCAUUGGCAGGAAGAGAGAAGAAGUAAAACCAAAACAAAAAACAAAUGUGGUAGAACUCUUUUCAAGCUUAGAGUUUUUUAAAAAUAUAUAAGCAGAAGCCUCCUAUAGCAUACUACUUGCAAAUUGUAGGAUCUCAAACUAUUGUUAGGAUGGGAGCUUUUACUUAGAAUUGGGAUGGUCCCAAAUUCAAAUACCCAACUUUGCAAUCUUCUAAUCAUUCGGUAUCAUGAGGCCAAUCACUUUCUCCCAAACGAAUUUGCCUAGCAUGAUUGUUGUCAGAAUAACAUGAAGGAAAAUAAUGUAUACCAGCUUGAAAAAGGUGAAACAUAAGUCUAAGAUUCUGAUUUAACUCCCCCCAUGUUAUUGUUAUAGGAUUAUAUGUAGAUGACUAUUCAAAUGGAAUGAUUGGAAACACUCUAGGAUUCUUGGCCAACAGCUCUCUGGUGCACCUUCUCAAUGGCUUCCUGGUGGAUUCACCUCAGCAAAGUAUGGCUGAACAUAGCUGCCAUUUACAGUUUUCAUUCUGCCUUGAUAAAGUGUCAUUCUUGGGAAUUCUUAUAAACUAAGGUGGCAUCCCUUUCUAAGCUACAUUUUUUAAAAAUUUCUCAGAGUGCCUGAGAGUGGUAUCAUUGUGGGAAAACUAAAAUGGCAGCUAAAUUCAGCCUCUUUGACUAUUUGAGGUGGGGAUUAAAACUGAGUACAAAACAGGCAUGACUGAUAGAAUGCUUGAGGUUCCAGGAACUGCUGGAAGUUCAUGACAGCCCUGGAAAUUAUGCAACCAACAAGACAUAUGCCUUUGGAACUUCGCAUCUCUUCGCAAUGAAGGUGAAGAGAUGAGCAAGAAAAAGAAAAUCCAGUUUAAGGGCUGGGAAGAGUGGUGCAAAAGUGGAAUACAUUUUCAUGUAUCAUGUAUCAUGGGUAUGACAAUUGGUAUGGCAAGAGGUUGCUAGGCUUUCCUUAACCUAAUAGAUUUGAAUAACAGGCAGGGGGGAACAUUACAUAAUCGCUUGCAGUUUGUUCAACUAUGUAUUUAAUUGUGCAUCCUGUAUCAAAUAAAGCAGAAAAUGAAUUAGCGUUUCUCCAACAGUAUGGCCUCAUGCCUCUUGCCAGUUUUUACCUGCUUUUUACAGAGCUGAAAUCAACCUCUUAGUUCUAUGGACUGAAGGAGUGGCUGCAGACUGUGCAGUUAUUGGCAGGCGAUGUUCUCUCUUCUUGCUUUUGCUUUUCUGUGAGAAAAAGCAACUGUAAUUGUGAGUGUGAUAGAUUUCUCAGUGCCUUUUCUAAGCACAUUUCAGGAAAAUGAAGAGUAACGUAGCCAGUUGGGUAAAUAUCCACAUUCAAAAAAAAAAAAAAUGAAGAAUCAGUUGCAGCAGAAGGAGCAAAAGGUGAGCCCAUGGGAUACAGGUUUCCUCUCGGAAGACUAUGUAGGCCCAAAGCAAAUGCAUUUUUCCUGCACCUAACACGCUGCAUGUAAUCCAGUGUGACGUGUUUCCCUUAGCUGCUGUUGCUAAAAAUGGAAGCAUUUUCUUCCCUAUCCAGAUAACAAGUUACAAUAUUUCUAAGCAAAACGGUAUUCUGUUUUAUUUUGUUUCAUUUUGUUUUGUUUAAAAUGUAAUGCAUUGAUACUCUUUGUACCUAUUAUUGUGUAUUUAUGUCUUGAUAGGACAAUAAUUGGUACUAACUUAUGAUUCGUAGCAGGGUAUUUCAGGCUCAAGUGGCUGGCACGAAAGUCACGUUUUCUCGACUUGAUAUGCUUGAUGUGAUAGUUGGUCAAUUGGAUUAUCUUCCAAAGCACCUAAACCAUAUCAUUAAUAGAGUUGCCAAAUAACAACUCUAUUGAACAUUACAGUAAUGUUCAUUGUGGGACACGGCUACUGUAUAUGCACUGUAUAUGGCAGAGGGUGAGUUCACAAAUUUGCUCUUAACCCACUGGGCUCACUGUAUUUUGGCUUUUUUUCCAUUGCUAAAGCAUGGUUAACAACAGAAUAACAGCAUUGGGAUCUUGGAGGUUUUCUAGUCCAAUCAGUUGCACAAGCAGGAGACCCUAUACCAGGGCUGUCAAACUUGCGGGCCAUGGGCCAGAUGUGUCACGUGCUAGCCAUGCCUACGCCCGGUUUAGUGAAAGGGGAAAAAGUCACGAUACGUCACAUGACAACGCUGUGACAAUGCGAGUUUGAUACCCCUGGCCUAUACCAUUCCAGACAAGUGGCUGGAAUGGUAUACAGUUCCAUGGAAUGGAAUGGUAAUGGAAUGGUAUAGAGACCCUAUACCAUUCCAGACAAGUGGCUUAGUUUAGGACAUUGCAUUUCCUUCUACAUCUGCUGAUUUCAAGGGCUCCUGCAAUGCAUUCAGACAAACAAGGAGAUGAAAUUUUAGCUAUUCGGCCUUUCUAGAGGAAACUGAUGGGAGAGGUUGCAGCUGUGGUAUACCUCCUCCUAUUACAAGUUCAGCAGGGUCUCAGUCGGUUGAUAUGUAUAUAUAAAAUCUAGAUGUUCCGAAUAUAUCUAUCAAAAUUACUUAGUGGAGUGGAGCCAUGAGCACCCACAACACUUGCGCGAGUGGGUCCUUUGGUUCCUGAGAUGCUUACGCAAGUGGGGCUGUGCACACACAGGUGCGCUCCAGCUACCCACUCACGCAGCCCACUUGCAAAUAGGCCGUGGACCAGUAGUGGGCUGUGGCCCACAGGUUGGGGACCCCUGCUCUAGGAGAUGAGGUGCUUGCAUUCCCAUACUUAAUUUUCCAUUCCAAAAUUCAGUCUCAACCCACUAACCAGUUUCAGUUGGGUUGAUAGUUUGGGGCCUCCAGAUUGAAAAAUAUUGCCCGUCUCUGUUGCAGGUAAAAACACAAUUUUCAUAUAUUCCAAAGUACUACAGUUUUCUGUUUAGAUAAAAAGUACAUACACACACACACUGUAUUUUUAGCAAAUUUAUAAUUGGAUAGGUGAAGGUUUCUCUGUCCAGUCGUGUCCAACUCUAGGGGGCGAUACACAUCUCCAUUUCUUAGCCAAGGGAGCCAGCAUUGUCCGAAGUCAUUUCUGUGGUCAUAUGUCCAGUAUGACUAUGUGCUGAGGCGCAGAGUGCUGUUACUUUCCCACUGAAAUGGUACCUAUUUAUCUACUCGCAUUUGCAUGCUUUCGAACUGCUAGGUUGGCAGAAGAUGGGACAAGGACAGGAGCUCACCCCAUCAUGCAGCACUCGAGUCCCAAAUGCAGACAAUCGGCUUUCCAGCUGACAAGCUCAGUGUCUUUAACCACUGAGCCAUCCCGCCCCCCAUAAUUGGAUAAUUGAGCUUUAAAAAAUCUUCUUUUGAAUUACAGAAUAGAAGAUUAGAACAGCAUCCCAUUCCUAUGCUGCUAUGGAAAUUUUAGUCAAGCACAUCUGGAUAUCCCCUAUAUUGAAGUUUUUGUUGUUAAAUAUUUCUAUAACUGAAUAUUUGACCAACUCCAAUGGGUGUGUGUCUGUUCCAAAAGAAUGUUGCAAUCUCUGUCAUUGAAUUAUGUCUGUAAAAGAUCACAGACCCUGCUCCGUUUCUGCUAGCAGAGGCACUGCGGGCCAGUCCUUCGCUGUUUCCAGGGCAGCCCCACGGGCCAGAUCUAAGCAUCCCGCGGGCCGCAUCCAGCCCGUGGGCCUUCAGUUUGACCCCCUGCUAUAUACUGACUGGGACACAGAUGGGCACACUGUUUUCCAGUCUAAAAUCAUAUCAUUUUGUUUCUGUCCUUAUUUCUAUUUUUUAAGUUACUUUUUUGAAGCUGGUUUUCUGAACAGACCAGAUUGCAUUAGAAAUGCAGACUUAACCUUCCAUAGAAUAAUAAAAAGACAGUUUUAAAUAGUUUGCAACUGGCUUUAAUUAAAUUUUUGAAGUCUUGUACUGCUAGCAUAAAAGUUAUAUAAAAAUAUAUAAUUGUUCUUUGCUGCUAUGGGAACCUUAAUUUUGUACAUGUGGAAUUUAAGAUAAGAUCAUCACAAAUGGUCAUGCUGCACUGCACCAGCAUCUAGGAGAAAACUUAAAGUUUGUCAUGAUAUUUGGAAAACUUGAAAAGUAGAUGGAAUUAUAAUAAGAAUUAAUACUCUUCAACCUUGCCACGAAUACUUUACUUGUUACAACUAUCUUGAGAACUUCCUUCCAACAUCUAUACCAGUGUUUUUCAACCGUGGCAACAUUAAGUUAUGUGGACUUCAAUUUCCAGAAUUCUCCAGCUAGCUACUCCAAUUUUGGGAACUGAAAUCCACAUAUAUUAAAGUUGCCAAGGUUGAGAAACACCUAUACAGUAAAACAUAAAACUUACAAAAGAUGGUCCCACUUACCUGAUAACUUCCAUUUCUCUGUUUCUUGGAGGAGAACAGGAGCAACGAUGAUAAAUGCAGAAUAAUAAGACAAGAAGAGUAGAACUGGGUGCAUUAACAAGCUCAACAGACCUGUUACUUCUUCAAUGUUGGAAUUUAAAACAUGCUACUUAGGAAUGGUGAGAAGUUGUAUAGCCAUCAUUGUGGGAAGAAGGCCGUAUUAGACUUGAAUGGCAAAAAAAAUCAAGAGAUAUACCCUUUUAAUAAAACAGUUAGUUGGAAAAGUUGCUAUCAGCAUUAGCUAUCAGCAGUUGAAAGUCUGAUUCUCCAUUAACAUGUCUAUUCCCUUUUAAAACCAUCUGAAUUGGCUGCCACUGCUACAACAUAAUUUUAAAAUUGCUUUCUGUUCCACAUCUCCCUGCAUUCAUUUUCAUGGAUGUCCCACACAGACACUUCUCUUUCCAUAUUAUCUAUGCAAUGCUUUCAUACUUAGGUAAUCCUUGAUUUACAACCACAAUUUGGGCCAGAAUUUCCAUUGUUAAACAAGGCAGUUAUUGACUUGCAGCCAAUUUAUUUUACGAUAUUUUUUGCAAUGAUUAUUAAGCAACUCACAGCAGUUGUUAAGUGCAUCAUGUUGUCAUUAAGCAAAUCCAACUCCUCGCAUUAACUUUGCUGUUGGAAGCCAGCUGGGAAGGUUACAAAAGAUGAUCAGAUGAACCCUGGAUUCUGCAACUGUCAUAAAUACAUGCCACAGUUGCCAAGCAUCAAAAUUUUAAGCAUGUGAUCUUGGGGAUGCUUCAGCAGUUGUAAGUGUGAUGACUGGUCAUCAUACAUUUUGUGCUGGUACUCAGUGCACAAGCUAGAAUUUGUCAGUGUCAUCUCCUUGUGACUGACUACAUUAUUUCUUAUGGAAAAAAUGUGUUUGAUACUCAUCAUUUUUGGUACUCAUUGCAUCUCUCAAAACCUAUUAAUGAUGAGUACCAAGGUACCACUGUUUCUUUCUGUGUGUAUGUACACACUUGCUAAGACAUUGUUAUUAUUAAAUUUUAAACUAUUAACAGUCAGAGUGGGAUGUAAUCAUGACUGUGUCACAAUGGGCAAAUUAUUAAAAGAACAUCAGAAUCACCUACUAAUUAGCAGAGACCUAUGACUAAUUAUCACACAUGUUGCCAAUCACAUAGCUAGUUCUACAAGGCAGGAUUUUUUAAACAUGAAUAUGUGGUUCAGAGCUGCCUGGGUUGAGGUUAUAAAUAGAUUUUAACCCUUCUUCCAUCCACAAUUUGGACAGAGCUGCAGUUUCUAUCAUGAAUACCCAUUUUCUACACAUGGAUUUUUUUCUCCCAAAGCCAAUUGUUAUGAGCUGCCCAGAAUUACUUAAGAUGGAUGGCUACAUCCAUCUUUUACAUACAUAUAUAAAUGCAUAUAUAAGGAGGUAAUGGGGACUGCAACAUUCUUGUUUGGUACAGGAACAUCUUUCUAUGUUCAUAGGAAUGCUCAGCUCUCCUACUACAAUGAAUUUGAUCUAAUGUACCUAAAUCUCUGGCCCAUUCAGAAUGCUUCAGUGCCAGAGGCAAAUACAGUAAUAUGCGUUGCGUUGAAAACACAAACUUUUUGUUAUCUGAUCUGGGUGAAGUUACAUGGAUAUUUUUGACCCGGGAUCCUUGUGCAGAUAUGUGCAAGUCCCUGAUAACAAAAGAGUGUGAUUGGCAGAGCAACAGGAAUCUAUGAUGACACCCUUGAAACUUCUGCACCUUUGCACAGUUUUACUGUAGCUCAGUCACAAGUUGGCUCAAGCAUAAGACAAUUUCAUGGAUAGGCAGGUUGUAUCAUUUGCACAAGUACAAAGAAGCUGGAUUAGUAUUAUUACAGGUAGUUCCUGGAUGGCAUAGUGUUCUUAUUUUCAGGAUUACAGGAUUUUCUGCUAAGCCUCCUCAACCUUGCUCUCUUAGUGUAGCAGAAUCAGAAAAGCUAGUGAUUGAAUGGCUUAUACCAGAGUUCCCCAAACUUUCUGGGUUGGCGGCCCAGAGUGAGGGAGGAGGGGGGAAAGAGGGGAUGGUUUUGUGGGAGGCGCAGGUGUGUGUGUGUGUGAGCACUGUUCCUUGCAUGAGUGGGGCCAAGAAUGGUUGCGACACUCUUGCGAGUGUGGUCUUGAGCACCAUGGACACUCGUGUGAGUGGGUCCCCAAGUGCCCACGAUACUCAUGUGAGUGGGGCCAUGAGCCCCCACAACAUUUGCACAACGUUCUCAUAGCCCCAGCUACCCAUUCACAUGACCCAGUUGCAAAUAGGCCACGGUUCAGUAGUGGGCCGCGGCUCACAGGUUGGGGACCUCUGGCUUAUACUGUUUUUGCAGCUUUCAUCUUCUUUCAUAGAAAGCCAAUGUGAUUAUUUCAGCCUUCAGUAAGUUAAUAGUAUAUUUAAAAACAAUUGCCCAAUGAGCAAUUAUUAAACAUGUGCCCCAAGGGUAGUUCCAAAUUGUAAGGGGAAAGCAGAAACAGAAGUACAUACUGGGACAUUUCAGCAAAUUGCAGAAAGGAAGGAAAGAAAUUCUAGGGCUGGACUUGUACAAACCAGCCUGCUAAAUUGUAUACAGAUUCUUUAUAGUUGUAGCCCAUCCUCUCAAAUGGCAAUGCAUCAAAAGAGUUUAAAAUCUUUGAGCAUUAACAACUCCCAUGUGUCUGGGAGGAAAUAGGAUAUCAUUAGCCAUAUACUAGUGCACUUAGAGUAUUACUUUUUAAAUAUUUAUUUUUGGUAACUUUAAUUUAAACUUUACUUGAUGAAGUUUAUUGACCUCUCCUGUUGUUUCUGUAAAAAAGAAAAAAAGAAACUUUUAAAAAUUGUCUUUAUAUGCAUGUAGUGCUAUGAAACUGUGAUCCUUGUGUGACAUUCAAAAAUUGUAUUGUCUUGUAAAAUAAUGUCUAAAAUGUCUACAGAUUUUAAAGCAAUGGACCCUCCCUUCAGAUGACAGAAAUAAAAAAUAUGAUUAUUAAAAUGAA